AUGAAGUUCAGCAUUGAAUCUACUGCUUCUUAUAACAGUAUACAUCCAGAAUAUCAUUACACUGAACAAUUCGCCAAUAAUGCUGAAACAUAUCAAGAGGGUACCAAAUGGUAUGGAGUAUUUUUGGCAUUUCUAUCAGGUACAUUUUUUACAAUUAGUUCUGCAUUAGUCAAAGCAGUAGAAAACGUACAUCCUAUGGUAUUACUGGCUAUCAGAUCUGUUCUACAAAUGUUAGUUAUGGCUACUGUAGCACUUAAAGUUUCCAAAAGUCUUUUUGGACCCAAAGGGCAAAGAAUGCUCUUACAUUUGCAAGGAAUAGUAGGUGGUGCAACUUUAUCAUUAUUAUAUUAUAGUUUUCGAAAAUUACCUAUAGGAGAUGCUACAACAAUCAUAUUUAGUUCUCCAGUGAUUGUUAUUGCACUAUCUUUCAUUUUGUUAAAAGAACCUUGUGGAAUAUUACGUGUGAUAGUUAUGUGUGCACUCUUUGCAGGUGUUGUUUUUGUAUCUAAACCACCAUUUCUAUUUCAGAUAUAUAGAGCUGAAUCAUACAAUGUGAUGGGAUAUGUAUGUGCUAUCUUAGCAACCCUGUUUACAGCUCUUAACAUAGUUAUUAUGAGGAAGUGUUCGAAAAUCCAUUAUUCAACAAUAAUCUUCAACCUAUCUUGGUAUUCACUCAUUACAGCAAUAUUUUUCUUCUUCCUUGUGUCAGAUAAUCACGAACAAAAAUCAAAGUUGCCACAUGAUUGGAUUACCUGGAGUAAAAUAUUGUUAGUAGCACUAACUGGAUUAUCAGGUCAAAUUUUAGUAACUAAUGCAUUAAAGAUAGAAGGUGCUGGAAAAGUAUCAGUGACUAGAUCUUUAGAUAUUAUUUUAGCUUAUAUUGUACAAAUAUAUUUUUUUGGAGAUCAGCCUACAUCAACCAGUAUCAUUGGAGCAUUUCUAAUCAUAGUCUCUGUUAUAUGUAUGGGAUUUGAGAAAGAAAUUUAUAAUAUUUGUGAUUUUAUUCCCUAAUUAAAGAUACAGUACCUUAAAUUAUAUACCUGCUCUUAGCAUAAACAUAGAUAAUAUUAUACAUAUUUUUAUGAAUGGUGAAAACAUUGUUGUUAUACUAUUAUUAUGAUUUCCAUAAUAUAAAGUUUUAAGACUUUAUACAGUAUAAUAUUAAAUUAUAUAUAACUACCAUCCAUUUACAUAAUUUUUUCAACCGCAUUAAUUUGUAUAUUUUGUAUAAGUUUUAAUUCAAAAUAAAAACAAAAGCAGCAAGUAUUUGAUAGUGUAACUUAAACCGAUUCUAUCGAAUCUGUACCAUAUUUUUUAAACUUGUCACUAGAUAGAAAUGACACAACUUUAAAGUAUACAAAUGAAUACAUAUUUACAAUUGUACACACAUCAUUACUAUAUGUACUUCGAAUUAUCCGUGACUUUGUGCGGACGUAAUUAAUUAUAUCUUUAUUAUUGACGCGGUUUGUUAAAAAAAAAAAUAUAUAUAUAUAUAACUACGAUUAACAACACCAUACCAUAUCCAAGAUAAUAGUAUGUACACUUUCUUUCUUUAGCUACUUUAUCUCUGAUAGAUACAAACAAUUCUAUCGAGAAAAUGCUAAUUUAGAGCUUAUAGAUCUAUACAUAUUCUUAAAUUUUAUAUAGUUUACAACUUAAGUAAUACAUAUACGAAUUUUUCAGCAACUGUUUAAGAUUUUAUCAUGCAACAUAGUAUUGUAUGCUACACUAUUUAUUUUAGAUUAAUUAUCGGUAGAAAGAAGCCACGGAUACUUACAUGCAAUCAAUCUUCUUAUAGUUGAAAAAACAAAAAACUUAUGUACAUGUUCUUGUCUGUACCACUUUUUAAAUAUUUUAUUUCAAAAUUUCAUCCAAUUUGCAUUUCUUUGCAAUUAUUGCCACCUGCACUAGCUGCUCUAUGCACGCGUUAACUAAAUCAAUUUUCGAAUCUUUUGUGUUAUGCUUAAAUAAUAUUAAAGCUACCGUUAAACGGGAAUGUAAUUAUGUGUAAUAUUGAAAUAAGAAUUAUUUAUACAUAAUAUAUCAACCUUUGUCCGAGAUUUUUGAUGUUUUUUUAUGUAAAUUUAUAUUUACAUAGUUCUUAUCCAAAAAUUGUAACUUUACAUUGGUCACAUAUGAAUUUUUCUAAAUUUAUAAGACAUCUCUAAAUGUCUUGUAUCAUAAUUCCGAAACAGUACAAAGUCUAGUUUGUAUUCUGUGAAUUUAAGUAGUUUUAAACUGGUUUUAAUUGUUUCUUUAGCAUUACAUCAUUAAUAUGAUUACAUAUACUACUAAAAAAAUUAAUCACUAUUCAAGUAUGUACACAACAUACAAAAUAUGAUGCUGUCCCAUGAAUAUAAUUAUUAAACGCAUUCUCUAUUACUUUCUCUCUGAAUGUUUCUCUCUGAAUGUUUCUCUCUUAAUGUUUCUCUCUUAAUGUUUCUCUGAAAAGUGUCUUUUUUCUUUAAACAAUAUUACCAAUAUCUUUUAAUUUACUUGUUGAAUUUUUUCAAAUAAUUUCGUUUAUAUAUAAAAAUAUAGAAACAAAUGAAUAGUGGGCAUUGUGCACCAUUUCUAUAAAGACAGAUAAAAAUAUCAAAUAAUAUAUAUAUAUGUAUAUACACACAUUGUUUUGCAAAAUGUUACAAAUGGUAUCAGAAUUUUUAUUAUAUUCUUCAUUAUAUUCAAAAUAUCUCUUAGUUAUAAAAAUAGAGCACACAUAGGUUUUGAUUGAUUGCCUCAUAUAAUGCCAUUGAAAUACAAUUAAUUUAACUUUUGAAUACAUAUAUACAUAUAUAUAUAUAUGUAUAUAUAUAUACAAUCACGCAUAUACACAUAUAUCACCUCGAAGCUAAGAAAGAUAUUACAAAAGUCUACAGUAUCUUGGAUUAAAUAUAAUAAAAUUAUUGUAUGUUACUUUAUACAAGAAAAUAUAUAUAUAUUUUAAAUAAUUUUUAAAACAUAAUAUUCAAUUAUACGACCUUGCAGACUUUACACAAUUUGGAACAUUAAUUAGAUGUUUUUUUAUUAUUUAACAUAAUACAAGAUAUUAAUUAGUAAAAUAUAAAACAUCUGCAAAGCAAUAAAAAUCUUGAAUAUUUAUAACAUGUAAUUUAGUAAAUAGCAAAUAUUAUUUUAUAUAAAAUAAUUUCAAAUUUAAUUUAAUACAACUUUUUGAGAUGAAAUAUGUUUCUUAUUAAUAAAAAUUGUAUUCAGAGUAUUCGAACAGAAAAAAAAUGACAAGAGAUAAUUAAAAAUUAAUUGAACUAUUUUUAUCUGAAAAUAAAUAAAAUUAUUAAAUCUCUUUAGUAAUAAUUAGAAAGAAAACUUUAAUAUCUGUGUAUAAUUAUUUAUUUUUAUGGAACAAAAAUGCGAUGUUGCAAAAACUACUUGUCAAUAUAUCUAAAAUAUUUGUACGAUAGUAUAUACACUAUCUCCAAUACUCAAAUCUUUACUCUGUAACAUUAAACUUUUAUGAGCUUAUAGUAAUAUGUAAAUUUAUAUUAACCAAAACAAAAUAUAAUUCUGCUCUUUCCUCUAUGGUACUGUUUAAUGUAAUGCUAUAAUAGCAUUCAUCAGUUAUAAUAACAUCAUCAGCUAUAAAUAAUAUACAACUGAUGAAUGAUAUCACAUCUAAUGAAAUAUAUAUUUUCAACAUGUAAUGUAAGUAAAUAAAUAGGAUUAUAGAUACACUAGAAUUUUGUCCUUCUUUUAAGUUUGAAAUUCAUAUUUGAUUCUGCAUAUUAUACCAGCAUUUAAAUUAAAAUAAUUUGGGAGCUUAUAACAUUUAAGCUUUAAUGUUUCCUUUUUCAUCAAAUUCUGCACAUGUUUCAUAUAAUUACAUAUAAUGCCAAAUGUAUUAAAAUGGUUUUCUAAUUUUAAAAAACCAUUCAGAUAUGUUAGUAUAAACAAAGUAUACCAUAAUAAUAAUUAUAUUUUUAUUAUGAAUACUAUUAAAUAGCAAUAAUGCAUUCAUGUUUCUUGUGUUACAGAAUGCUCCAAAAUAUGAAAAUUAAUUUGUACAAAUAUGUUUCCAUUGCAUCUUGUGAAAAGUAAAUGUAUUAUUACAUGUUACAAUGUUACAGGUAUUUGAU